CUGUUGAGGUCAUGAUAUAUGCAAAGGGUUUUGUCUUGUUCUUACUUUAUUAAUCAAUCAGCAAUUUCGCACACAGAAAAGCUAUUUGCUUCGAGAUGAGCAAAAUCCACUUGUGGCUUCUGACAUCCUAUCAUCAAUAAUCAAUUCGUCUUAGUUCAACAGGAGUUGGAUAGCAUGGCGUCUCAAUCAGAUUCUCCACCCAACUCAGUAAAGGAGAAUACCCAGAAUCCAGCAACAGCUUCGCAACCAGCAGCUGAAGAUCAUCAAGGUUCCAAGCCUGAGGCUGCAAGUGGGAGCUCUCCGGCUUCUGUGUUUGUAAACUCGGAACCAAUUCGGGAGGACCAAGUCCAGAAUGCUGUGAAAUUUCUUUCACAUCCGAAAGUUAGGGGAUCUCCAGUCAUGUAUAGGCGUUCUUUUCUCGAGAGGAAGGGGCUCACAAAGGAGGAAAUUGACGAAGCCUUUCGUCGAGUUCCUGAUCCUACCCCAACUGUUACUAGCACACAGCCGGUUGCUGCUAAUGAAGAUGGGAUGCAGAAGCCUUCAUCGACUAGCACACCACAGGCUGCUUUACAAAUUCUGCAGCCUGCAUCAGCUCCGAGCAAGAGCAUGACAAAAAUGGGGUAUCUCUCCCAUUUCCGUUGGACUCAUGCAAUUAUUGCUGUAGGUGUACUCGCUGCUUCAGGAGCUGGAACAGCUGUACUUUUCAAGAAAUCUAUUAUUCCCCGGUUGAAGUCUUGGAUACGCAAGGUUGUACUGGAUGAAGAAGAUGAAAAAGGUAUUAUCAAGGGAAAACCAAGUUUAGCAGAAGAAGCUGCUGUUGCUGCAAAAGCUGCUGCAGCUGCUGCUGCUGACGUUGCCCGAGCAAGCCAGGAUAUGUUGGCAUCAAAAUCCGAAGAGAAAAGGUAUUUUGAGGAGCUGACAAGCCUGCUAAACUACCAAGUACGUGAGAUGAAAUCAAUGACAAGUGCUAUAGAGAAACUGGAAGGGCAAAGUAAUACUUCUGGAAGAAUACCUGUUACGGAACUAGAUGAUCGCAGAAUUUCAGUUACUCAAUCUAAGCAAUCUUAUGCUAAUGGAAAAGUAAAUGGCGAUGCACAUUCAGUGAGAUCUUUGUCGCCACCUGCAUCUGUUGAACCAUCUGCUGCACCCCAUCCAAAGUCUUAUAUGGAGAUUAUGGCAAUGGUUCAAAGAGGAGAGAAGCCUUCCAACAUCCGAGAUAUAAAUGAUCAGCCACCGAAUCCUAACCAGCCUGUACCUGAUCGUGUUGCUGCAAAGCCUAAGCCUUGGGAAGUUGGCCAGAGUCAAAAUAAGUCCAAUUUCCUUCAAUCUCAAGGGAGUGGCGAUGGCUUGAAUUAUGGUUACCAAGACAAUCUGACGAAUGGAGACAGUUCAGCACCUUGGUGGCAACGGAAGAAUGCCAGGAUAACUGAAAUUGAAACUGAAGGUGAACAAAACUUUGGAUCUCCAGCUGCACCAGUUCAGGAACGACCGAUUCAGAGAUCAUGGGUUCCUCCCCAGCCUCCUCCAGUUGCAAUGGCAGAAGCAGCUGCGGCCAUCCGCCAACCUAAAAAGCCUGCAUUUCAGAACGAACAAUUGACUGAUGAUCAGUUGUUGUCUCGUUCAUCAGAGAUAACGGAUGAGUUGCAGAGGGUUACAAGAAUCUCCGAAUCUGGUGGUACCCCUGAAGCUAAUGGUUCAAGUUCUGGCCUACAGAUGAGUGAGACAACACCAAUUGGAGAAGGUGAUCAAACUUUCAGCAGCUGAAAGAUCAUUUAUUUUCCUUGAUAUAAAAGGCUGGGCACUCAGUAUCGAGGUUUACCAUGAUCUUGCAGCUACAUGUUCUUGAUGAAUCGAGCCUCGUUUCGUGUUUAGCCCUGAAUGAAGUUUACAGUUACAUUUAUCAACUUUGUGGUAUAUGGGGAAAAGAUCAUCUGAAUGUAGCAAAGCCAUUAUGUUUCUUCUUGGUGGUCUAUUCAUUAUACACUCUAAACUGUCUGCAGAACUUAAGAAUCGUGUUUAUAUAAUUCUACAGUUUGAAUAAAGAUUAGAUUGUGAGAAUUAACAUAA